AUGCCAUUUGUAACGUCGGAGGGAGGAAUUACUCAAGUGGAAACUGUGAGGUUGAGUGAAGCCCGAAGAAGCACAGAGAACCUCCGAGCCGCCGUGUUGGAAGGGGUAUAUACUCACUAUGCUGAGAAGGCGGGCAUAGAGGAUGAGGAGUUCGACCCAGACGAGUAUGUGGAGAUGAUAGAGAAAGGACCCGGGCCUAGUCUGGCUGAGAGGCGUCUUGUGAGAUAUGCCUUCCUCAAUGGCUAUGAUGAUGCUCUCCUCGCCGUCGAGAAGGGUGAGCUAUCAGGGCGUUCAGACCGAGUUAAAGAGGAAGUGGCAGCUGUCUACGUUGACCUCCAUCCUCGGGAGCUUUCUUACGGAGUCCCAACGGCAUGUAAAUUUGAACCCGCCGGUCUAUUGCCUGUACCCCAGAAUCUACAGCUAGAUGAUGCACCGCGGUGCUCUAUCGAAAAGUAUGACAAGGUCAUGUCGGCCAAUCAGCCUCCACCAUGCGAUGCGGAGGACAGAAGUAGGUGA